ACGGAAAUCUUGAACUGCCCCCGUCGGAAUGAUCGACCCCAUUCUCAAAUCUUUAAAUAAAGCUGAGUUUCUCGAAGAACGCCUUCACCAUGGCAGCGUCUUCACAUGCAGAAAACCAACUUUGCUCCCAAAUUUCGCAGGACGCUGAUAUCUUGAUCCAAACUUAUCUCCCGUCCCUUUCCAACGGGCCUUCAAAACAAGAAAUUUCCCUUCCUUUCGCUAUUCCCCAAAUCAGUUUCGACGAUCGUCAAGAGUCGAGUUUUGCCAGGGGUCAUUGCCCGGAAUUAAGUGAAUUUGGGUUCACCCAGCAGGUCAUGUUGAGCAUUGCCGAUGGCCUCAAUCUCGCUAUGGCUGCGAGCCCACCAAUACGAAUUGUUGGAGCAUCUGGUCCGGUUGUCGGCUACCUGCCAUAUCAUUGGGCGAAAUUGCCGAGCACCUCUAUUCAUGUCGAUCCCCAUACCGGACAUCGCUGUCUAGCGCGCUCACUCACGGACCACUACCUCCGCACAGCGAACAUCAACAUAUUUAAACCCCGGAAACUCGUAGCGCGCAUAUGUACCACCUCCGCCCUGCUCAUCCUCACCACCAAAGCCGAAAAACCAGACGACACAAUGAAGAAAGUCGGCCGAGGAGCUCUGGCUGUUGCACGCCAUAUGCCUAUCACGGGUCUCAUCGUGCGGCAAGUAUCGAAAUCGAAAACGAACGAGAAUAAGAAACAGAAAGACGAAGAUAUGUAUCAACCGAUUGAACGAAGGAGGUUGAGUUUGAUUGAAGGACGGGCGUUGCCGCUUUCGACUGGUGGGUCACCGCCACAUGCGACGCAUGGUGUGAUGCAGACGAUGGCGAGGUACGGUGUUCACCUUGGUGGGACGCGCGCGGAGAAAAAGGAAUUUGAGCGAAGGAGGGCGAUGGAGGUGUUUGAGGAGGCGGGGGUGACGGCUGAAGGGGUUAAUAAUAAUAAUUACCACGUUGAUUAUUCCAUGGGGAAGGGCGCGAGAGCGAUUGAGCGUGCGGAGAGGCGUAGGAGGGGAAUUGGUGGACAGGGAAGACAGGUAAAGCUGGAGAUUCCAACUGGAGGUGAAGGGGAUUUGUUGAGAACCUGGGCGACGGAUAAGUCGUUGUGGUUUGUGAUUAUGCCGGUGGAGAAAGACAUGGAAAUUGAGGAUAUCAUCUUGGCGGAGAGUGCGGCGAAUGAGGAGAACGUGGAUCACAAAGUUUGGAUGGGGGAAAUGAUUUUCGAGUCGGAGGAGAUGCUCGAUGGGAAUUGAACUCGAAGUUGCAACGUUGAAGCUCUAGUACAUAGUAUGUAUAUUUUCAUUUGAUAGCUUUUCAGAACUACUUUUUGAUUAUGGAUAAUAUAUAUCGUGUGUAUA